ACAAAAACAGAGCGCUGCCAUUACAAUCAACAAAUCUGUUUAGCAGAGCUGCGCGCGCUUGCAUUGUGGAUGGGUGUGAGGAAACACGCUGCUCUGCGCUCGCUUGCCUGACGUCACCCCGGCGCGCGCUUCCAUAGAUGCGAGCGCGAGAGUACAGUGACAGCGCCUCGUCCACUGUACGCAACACUGCUCAGCACUAUCUCAGGCUAUACUCGAGAAACGCCAGCAGAUCAUGGAAUGUGACUAGGCAACAUUCCGCUUUAUUUCAGGUCGGUCGUCCGCCCUGCACUCACGGGGUGCAGUAGCUACUUUAAGCCCACCGUUCCCAUUAUUAACCAAUUGAUCACUGCCCCCCAUUGGGAGCUUUACAAUUUGUAUGAAUUAUUCCUCGAGUUUUUAUCCCACUCUAACGGUUCGACUCUGACUACAAGCUGAGGCUCAAUAACUGGAUUGUAUCGGUUGAACAAUAGGCGACUGCUGUUGUCUGGAUAUUAAAAUUUACUCUUGGAUUAUUGUCUCAGCAUCAUGAGCACGAGUGUACCCUAUCAGCAAAGCUCGUGCAACAGUGAACGGAGCUCUGGACCAAUCCACUGCUUUCGCUGCCGGGAGGUGUGCAAAGGAGAGGUGGUACGAGUGCAACAUGUCCACUUCCACAUCAAAUGCUUCACCUGCCAAGUGUGUGGCUGUGAUUUGGCACAUUCCGGAUUCUUCCAGAAGAGUGGCGAGUACAUCUGCACAGCAGACUACCAGCGCCUGUACGGCACGAAGUGUGACAGCUGUGGGGACUUUAUCUCAGGGGAGGUGGUCUCUGCACUGGGUCGCACAUAUCAUCCACAGUGUUUCGUCUGCAGUGUGUGCAGGAAACCUUUUCCAAUCGGGGACAGAGUGACGUUCAGGGGUAAAGAAUGUGUCUGUCAGCAAUGUUCCCUCAAGCUGGUUAAUUCCAAUGAGCCAAUCAAAAUCCAUGGGCCCAGUCACUGUGCAGGUUGUAAGGAGGAGAUCAAACAGGGUCAAUCUCUGCUGGCGUUAGAGAAACAGUGGCACGUCAGCUGCUUCAGGUGUCAGACCUGUGGCCUGGUCCUGACCGGGGAGUACAUCAGCAAAGACGGCAUUCCUUACUGUGAGUCAGACUACCAUGCCCAGUUUGGGAUAAAGUGUGAAACAUGCAACAGAUACAUCAGUGGACGUGUGCUGGAGGCUGGUGGGAAGCACUACCACCCCACUUGUGCUCGCUGUGCCCGGUGUCAGAUGAUGUUUACAGAAGGAGAGGAGAUGUAUCUCACAGGUUCAGAAGUGUGGCAUCCUGUGUGUAAACAGUCAUCUCGAGCAGAGAGGAAACUGAGACUCAGACGCACAUCAGAAACCUCCAUCUCUCCCCCAGGCUCCAGCAUUAGUUCACCCAGCAGAGUCAUCUGUGCAAAAAUGGAGAACGAGAUCCUUGAUUACAAAGACUUGGCAGCACUGCCUAAGGUUAAAGCCAUUUAUGAAGUGCAGAGGCCAGACUUCUGGUCCUAUGAGCCCAGUCAGAGAUACUGCUCCGAUGACAGGCUAGAGCGUCUCAGCUAUGGGGAGUCUUUGGGCACACUCUCCCCUUAUUCUCAGGACAUGUAUGACGGUAUGGACAUGAGGCUGAGAAGAUCCUCCAGUCCAGGGUACAUAGACUCCCCCACCUACAGCAGGCAGGGCAUGUCUCCCAUCAUGCCUCGCUCUCCACAGCACUACUACAGAUACGGCACUGAGAGUGGCAGAAGUUCACCCUAUUACAGUCAGCUAGAUGCCCGGUCCAGCACUCCCACCACAAUCCAAGCUCCCAAGCAUUUCCAUGUGCCAGCCACAGGGGAUCCCAACAUCUACAGGAAGCCUCCCAUCUAUAAGAGACAUGACAAUCAAUGCAAUCCAGCAACUAAGAGCAAGACCAGUGAAGACAUUCUCCAAUCCUCCAAGUUCUCAUCAGCCUACUCGCCUGAACACUACCAGCACUCAGAGUCUGAUUACUACCAUUACACCAGCUCUCCUAAAUCUUUACGUGCUCCUCGUAGAAGGUACUCAUCAGGUGGAGAAGAGGAUGGCUGGAGUCACGGCCUUCAAAGAAUUCAGGGUGGUAUCGGAAGGAUGAUCCUGAAGGAGGAGAUGAAAGCCCGCUCCGGUUCCUAUGACAACGACCCCUGGGGCAGUGCACGGAACUCCCGCAGUGGGAGCAGGGAGAUGUUGCACAGCAUGGGCCACAACAACACAGUUAACGGCUCUCCUCGAACAAACUUUGCAGCGGAGAAUGACUACAUAGCCAAGUCAGCCUCUUUGCCAGGAUAUGGAAGGAAUGGAUUGCAAAGGCCACAGAGUGCAGACUACUAUCAGUAUGACAGUGGCAGUGAAGUCGACUGGGGAAUCAGAGAAUACAAGGUCUACCCAUACGAAGCACUUAUUGUGACCACUAGGGGGCGUAACAGGGUGCCAAAGGAUGUGGAUCGGGCCAGAUUGGAGCGGCAUCUUUCCCCUGAGGAGUUCUAUGAAGUGUUUGGGAUGACGAUGGUAGAGUUUGACCGUCUGGCACUGUGGAAGAGGAAUGAGAUGAAGAAACAAGCCCGGCUGUUCUAGCGUUCUUGUCACACACACACACAGAGACCUGAAUACCUGUUCCAGUCUAACUAAACAAACACAUCCUGUGUCUCAGACAUACAGUCAUGCCUGGACUGUACCUACAAAUUGUGCAACUGUCCUUUGUGACAGAGGCAUAUAAAUGAUCAGACAGACUAGAAUA